AUGAGUAGUUAUUUCAGACCUGACGUCUCUUUGACUGAAUCUUGGGGUUAUUUAACAGAAAAUGGAAAAUUUGAUGGUUUGGUGGGAGCUUUAAGUGAGCAGUCAGUGGAUUAUGGGAGUUCACCAUUAUUUGUUAGAACAGAUAGAGCUACAGUCAUGGAAUAUGGAAGAAGAACUUGGACGUUAAGAGCGGCCUUCAUAUUCCGGAUACCAGAAACUAAGAACUCUAUUGAUGUUUUCAUUAGACCAUUGUCACUAUCAAUUUGGUUAUUGACCAUUUUUUCUUUCAUACUUGUGGUACUGCUUCUUAGAUUUGCUCAAUUGCAUGAAAAGAGGAAUAUGAAUAGGAUUACUGACACAACUUGGAGUUAUUUUGUAUUGUGUGCUGUCGGAGCUUUCUGCCAACAAGGAAUGACAGUUACCCCGUCUUCUUAUUCUGGCCGCAUCAUUAUAAUGUCUAUGCUCACUCUCUCGAUAAUGAUUUACCAGUUUUAUUCUGCGAGUCUUGUAUCACAUUUUCUGAUGAAACCAGAAACUCAAAUAAAAUCCAUUGAAGACAUUUUGAAAUCUGACAUGAAGGUUGGAUGUGAGGAUAUCCUGUACAACAGAGACUAUUUCUUGUAUACUACAGAUGAAGCCUCUAAAAAACUAUAUAGCAGAAAAAUUCUGGGGCAGAAGAAUAACUCGAAUUUUUUGGAACCGAGGAAAGGCUUGGUCUUGGUUGAAGAUGGAGGAUACGCUUUUCAUGUCGAACUAGCGACUGCAUAUCCCAUCAUUCAAAAUACUUUCCCUGACAAAUCAAUUUGUGAACUGAAGGAGGUCCAAAUGUACAGAACGCAGCCCAUGCAUGCAAAUUAUCAAAAACAUUCGCCUUUUCGUGAUAUGCUCGAUACAUGUCUGCAGCACCUAGCCGAGUUUGGAAUUCUAUACAGGGAACUCUCGUUCUGGCAUCCCAAGAAACCUGAAUGUAUCACAUCAAAAACUGUAACUUUCAACAUUGGAUUGGAUUACUUUUACCCAGCAUUCCUGUUUUUGGGUAUUGGGAUGAUGAUCAGCUUGAUUAUACUCACGUUAGAAAUCGCGAUGAAUUUCAAAUCAAGCAGAUUUGAAAAUGAAGUGAUUCCUAUGUUGCCAUUCAUCAAGUGAUUGUCAAGUAUUAGUUUAGGUAAAAAUCGACACAGCAACCUUGAAAUGGAUACAAAAGUUUAAUGGUUAAUAAAACAAUUAAAAAAAAACGUUCUUCAAAAACAAAGUGUUUGGAUAACCUCUUGUAUUAGUUGACCAAUCGAAUAAGCACAGAAUAAUCGCUUACAUUUCUUUUCUACUCGGGAAAAAUAACCAAACCAUUUAUAAUAAGUUGAAUGCCAAGUUUGUUCUCGCCACUAAACUAAAAAUCAAACGAACAUCACUUGAAAAAGUAACAUUUUAUUUGAGUUUAAUUUUUUCUGUCCUGUACUGAAUUCAUCAAUUCCUUCGAUAGCCAAAAAAGCUGAUAAGAACAACCUUCCAUUGUGUUCCUAGUGUAUGUUUUGAAUUGAUGUAAGUCCGAUGAAAUAUCUCACAGGACGGCAGAAUUCAAAAACUACAGGAAGAAUUGUCAAAGAGAACAGGUUUUUCAAGGAAGUUUUUGAUAUCACAGUUCAGAUAGGAUAAAAUCAUUAUAGAAAUAAUAUUUAUAUAACUUCGUGCAAAAAGAUCAGUAUACCUUAAUUGAUUUUCUAAAGCCUGGCCCCUAUUUCUGGGCUCAGGGUAUUAAUUUCUGACCAAAGAAAUGAAUCUGUAAAAUUGUUCCACAGGUUCUUAGGAAUCUUUAGUUACACCUCCAAGUUUGAAGGGAACUGUUCCCUUCCUUGGCAGCUCAGCUGAUCCAAACUCGCACUCAUCAGCGAUUGAAUAAUUUAUCAAAAUCUCACACUCUUCGAGUCACUGUGUUUUACAGAUUCUACAAUUGCAAUUGGCCCGUCAACCACUAUCAGGAUCUCGCUAAUCAAUAUUUUGUUGAGUCGUAAGAGCUGCUUGAAAAUUAGUAUCCAAUAAAUAACGCAUAAAUGCAAUUUACUACUCAGGCAUUUUCAUUGAGCCUAACAUUGCCUUUAUGGUUCCGCCUGGUUCCAAUGAAGAGACUAAGGUGGCUCGAAACGGGGCUGUCUGCGAAAUCUAAGUGAACGAAAUGAAAGUGAACUUGUACAGAUCAAUCAUCAAUAUGAUACAUGGUCUCUUGCUAUUCUUCGGGCCGGAAAAGCGUCAGGACAAAGAUGUUGUCCCUAUCUUGGACCAAAGCUAUACAAUGAAAUUCUCAUCAAUAGCAGGAAUAUCAAUUCAAUUGAAAAAUUGGGUCUUUUCAACUCUUCAAAUUGACUUGUCGAUUAAUUGAAUUCUUGGUAGUAAAGUUGACUGAAAUACGAAUAAUAGUAUUGACAUUUCUGGCAAUUACACUUGAUGAAUGAUUACAUUGAAGUCUCGUGUAUUCUUUAAUUUUUUUUUUAAUUUUAAUUGUUAAAUUUUCCAUAUAAUCUCUGUAUUUGUAAAUCUAGUUUUGUCAAUUUCUCUAUUUUACUCUUACUUUACGUAAGAUAUUUUUUCUAUAAAUAUCCGUGGACACUUAUUUAAUACAUAGGUGCAUCUUUUUACAUACUACU